AUGGCGUUGCAGAUAAGGCCGGACAGGAGUAGCGCGGCGAGAGAUAUGGGAUUAGCUGUUGGGAAUUUUAUUAUAUUUAAAAAAAAGAGGAGAAGGCCAAUUAUUGAGCUUGCGAAGAUGCGGCUCCAUGUCUAUGAUUCUUCUAAGAAUUACAAAGAAAAGGUGAAAUUUUAUCAUGGCAAGAAGCUGGUAAAAAGGGUCUUUAAUCCAGGACAGUGGGUGCUUGAUAACGUUGUCGAUUCAUCAACAGUGCUGGCUUUCAAUUCACGACUAAAGGUUUUCCCUGGAAAGUUGAAGUCCAAGUGGUCUGGUUUGUUUAUGACCAAGAAUGUCCUUCCACAUGGAGUAGUUGUGUUGAAAGAUCCAGCCUCUAAAGACUCACAAAGAAGUUGGGUAGUCAAUGGACAACGUCUCAAGCAUUAUUUGGGUGGUGAGGUGGAACGCCUUUCCACAAUCAAGGAGUUGGUUGAUCCAGAUUGA